CCAUUAGUUGCCUGAUCAUUCACAAAGCCAACUUUUCGGAUCGCGCGUGCGAAUCCAUACUCAGCUACCAUCAUCAUGGCUGCCGCGGAUAUUGAGCAGAUGAACAAGCUCAGGAAGAGCCUAGGUCUUCCAUUACUCAGCGUAAGUGGACAACCUCCACCAGCCUCUGAAGGACCUACAUUCAAAGAACAUUCUCAAAGCGACGACGACGAUAGCGAUCAAGAGCCCGCGUCCACGUUGGACACACGUGAAGCUGCUGGGUUUGAGAAUUGGAAUCAGUUACGUGAAGAAGAAAAGAGGCGCAUAGAGCGGGAGAAACGGAAACAUGAGAUCCAAAAGAGGAGAGACGCUGAAGCCAGGGCGAAAAGACUCGAAGGAAAAGGCCUGGGAGAUGCUGAUGACGAUGCCGACGAUACGAAAGCAUGGUUGAAGGGUCAAAAGAAGCGACAGGCAAAGAUCGAGCGAGAACGUGCUGAGCGUCUGGCCAGGGAAUUGGCCGAGCGCGAAAAAGAAGCGGCGAACGAAUACUCCUCGAAAGACCUUGCCGGUGUCCAAGUGGCGCACGAGGUUGGCGACUUCGAAGAUGGCGCUACCGAGCAUAUCUUGACAUUGAAAGACACCGAGAUUGGCAAGGAUGAUGAAAGUGAUCAAGAGGAUGUACUCGAAAAUGCGGAUGUUCUCGCCCGUGACAAGCUCAAGGAGAAAAACGAGUUGAAAAAGAAAAAGGUCUAUGAUGUCAAUGAUGAUUCCGAGAAGGCUCUAUUAGCCCAGUACGACGAGAAGAAGCGCAAGGCUUUCACGUUGGAUGGACAAGGUUCUACUGUGGAGGAGCGUGAUGCAAAGCGUCAGGAGAUUGGCGACGUGUUGAGGAACACAAUAAGCCUCGACAUUUUGAAGCCAGAGCCUGUCUCGGAUUACAUGGAGAUCAAAAUUAAGAAGCCGAAGAAAGCCAAAAAGACGUCAAAGAGGCAGAAGAUGGUGGAUGAGGACGAUGAGAUCUUUCCAGUGCGGACAGAGACCAAUGGCGAUGCGAUGGAAGUCGAUACUGCACAUCCGGCUCCGAGCAGGUCACGGACUACGCAGGAUAAUUUCAAUGAUGAUGAUGACCUUGCAAGUGCCCUGGCAAGGACUCGACAGGCUGUGCUGAAGAAACAGAAGCGCAAGCCGGAGGAUAUAAUCAAGCAAAUGAAAGAAGAGGAGCAGAACGAAGCUCAGACACCGGAGGGCGAGAAUGGAGGGCUGGUGCUGGACGACACGACUGUAUUCUUGGACAACCUGUCGUCUCGCCCAAGAGAAGAGGAACCUCAACGCCCCGUCGUGAAAUCAAUAGAAAAGGAAGAAUCACCCGAACCUUCAGAGGUCAAAAACGAAGACGAGGACCAUCCCAUGGGAGAAGCAUAUUCCGGAGACAACGCAGAGGAACUCCUGGAUAGACUACGGCGCGAGCAGUCUACACACACUCCGGAUGUUUCACACACAGGUCUCGAGGAAGAGAAGACCCUUGAUCAAGGUCUCGGGGCAGCACUCGGGCUUCUUCGACAGCGUGGUCUGGUCAAGCAGAGCGAGGCUGGUGACAAGAACGCUCUCUACAAAGACCGUCAGACGUUCAUCAUUCAAGCGCGGUUGCGUGAGCAUGAAAAUGAACAGAAGGCUCGCACUCAGCGUGAACGGGACCGCCAGUCUGGCAAGCUGACUGGCUUGUCAUUGAAAGACCGAGAGGAACAUGCUCGCUGGCAAAAUACCCACCGAGAGCAUCAAUCUUCUAUUCAAGCCGCCGCUGCCUUCAAUCGCGAAUACAAACCUGACGUGCAAAUCAAGUAUGUGGACGACGAUGGCAGGUUGAUGAAUCAGAAGGAGGCAUUCAAGCAUCUCAGUCAUCAAUUCCAUGGCAAAGGAAGUGGCAAGCUGAAGACGGAGAAGCAUAUGAAGAAGGUUGCCGAGGAGAAGAAACGAGAGGCCGCCAGUAUUUUGGAUAGCAGUGAGGCAAAGGGUAUGAACAAUGCUCAAGGAGCACUAGGCAAGAAGAACAAACAAGCUGGUGUUCGGUUGGGCUGAGCAGGAGGGUUAUGUUCAUCAGCAUAGCGUACUGCUUUCCGGAAUAUGGUUUCCAGAGUAUGCCGUAGCGCACAUCGUUAGGCAAUUGAGCAGUCACAAAUCGAAAAAGUGCCAUUGUUGAGGCAUACUCCAUAGAUACUAAUGCCAGACCAGCAAGAAGUAGCAAAGCUGUUGGCGGCGUAACGGAAGUUUCAGUGCAAUCUACCUUAUU